CACACACACACAGUGGUGAGUGUGACCCGCCAUUUUCGAGGGGCUUGAAAAUCAAGAUUCCCACCACCACCAAAAACAAACACAGCCUUUUGAAGUAAACCCUUCAACUACUGCUCCUAUAUUCUUUCUUCUUCUCUCAUUUACACACACACACACACACACACACACACCAGAAAGUGUCGGCCUUUGAGAAAAUCAGUGGGGCCCGUCUUUUUCGAUUCAGUGUAAAAGGUUAUACCUCACCACCAUUUUUAUUUUGUUUUAAUUUUUAAUUGGUGAUGGAUUCAAGAACUCAGCUUGAUUAUGCUCUGUUUCAAUUGACGCCAACAAGAACCAGGUGUGAUCUUGUGAUAUUUGCUGGAAAAAAGAGUGAGAAAAUAGCAUCAGGGCUACUGGAGCCUUUCGUUUCGCAUCUGAAAUCGGCGAAAGAUCAGAUUUUUAAAGGCGGUUAUUCGAUUACGCUUAAGCCCGCUUCCCCGAAUGACGAUUCGUCGUGGUUCACCAAAGCCACACUAGAAAGCUUUGUGAGGUUCGUUAGUACACCGGAAGUUCUUGAAAGAUUCGUCACCAUUGAGAGAGAGAUCGAUCAGAUUGAGACGUCGAUCGAAUCGAACGAUCACGUAAAUGGAAGUGUAUUCAUACAAGAUAAAGAUCCCAAAAUUCCGUUUGCUUCAUCGAAGUCCAAAGUCGAGUCCGGUGGUAGUGGCGAUGCUGAAGCAGAAGAAAAACCAAAGGUUCGUCUUCAACGUGUUCUAGAAUCUCGAAAGGCAAUACUGAAGAAAGAGCAAGCAAUGGCUUAUGCUCGUGCUUUGGUGGCGGGUUUUGAGAUGGUUUAUAUACACGAUCUCGUUUCUUUCGGUGAUGCUUUUGGAGCUCUUCGUUUAAGGGAAGCAUGUAUAAACUUCAUGGAACUAUGUAAGAAGAAAAACGACGAUAAGAUUUGGAUGGAUGAAGUGGCCGCCAUGCAAGCUUCAUACAUGGAAACUUCUCUCGUUUCUGAGAUAACUCGACAUCCGAGUUUGGAAACUAGUGAAGGAACAGAUAAUGUUUUGCCGACGGAAUCCAAUCUGCAACAGAACGAAGGGGGGGAUAAAUUACCGAUACGCCGUCACCACCUUCCACCUUACAUGCAAAACGCUCAAAGUCAUCCGAUGUUUCAACAAAUGCCGCACUAUAUGUUUCCAGGUGUCGCCCCUCCGCAUUAUCCAUGGCCCGCAAAUUUCGAGGAUUCGGGUAUGUAUGUCGAUAGAGACAUCGAAGAUAAACGGAGACAAAAAUCCGUUAACAUGAAAAGGGAAAAACAUGCAAAAACAAGAAACAGUGACGAAAGAGUCGUUGAAACUAAUCUCUCCAUCUCCACAAGUGAUACUUCGAGCGAUGAGCAAGAAUCGGAGGGGCAGAUUCGUAAUAAGAAGAAGCAGAAUAACAAACGUUCUUCGAGAAAAGUUGUUAUUCGUAAUGUUAACUACAUUGCUUCACGCAGAAACGAAGAAGGUAGCGGGGAUUCUGAUAGCAGUGAACAAAACAAUGCUUCAAGUAAGGAAAAUUUAGUGACGAAAAUUUCUGAAGAAGAAAAGAAUGGAAACUGGGAUAUGUUGCAACAUCUCCUCUUGAAAGAUUCGAAUUCGAAUUCCACAGAUAAGGGUUCGAAGAAUAUACAAUUUCAAGAAGAGGGGAAAUUUUCUUAUGUGGAUAAGAAGUUAGAUAAAUCGAGAUAUGCAAGUGAUGAUUUUCUUUUUAACGAAAGAUCCGUCGGAAAUGGAGUUAAAAAAACGAGCGUCGAAUUUGAAGGUGGGAAAGUUGUUAACAGGAGCAGCAGAGAUGAAGAAUUGUUGACUCCAACAAGAGGGGAAGGAGAAUACCACUUGCAACAAAAUGCCCGUUUUAGCGACGGGUAUUCCGUCGCUAAAACCCGCAAAGAGGAAGAUUGGAUCAUGCGCAGUAAUAAAACCGAAACACCGACGAAGAAUAUUUUCAAUGGAGAUCAAGCGUACAACAACCAUAUUCCGAUUGGAGAAAAUAAAAAGGAUAUUCUCUUGGACGAUUCUUUCAUGGUUCAGUCCCGACUAUUAGAUUCCUCGCGGCGAAAUGCUGACAUCAUCAUGGUUUCCGAUAUUCUUGGAUCGAAACAGUCCAAUGUUGACGAAGCAGCGAGUAAGUUUUACGAGCCAGAGGAACUUUACAUGAUCCGUCGAAAUGAUUCUUCUGCUGAAGUGGAUUAUGGAAAGAAGGAUAUUUCGCUAGUUGAUACAGUUGUGGGUCCCACUGAAAAACCGAGACAUAGUUUUGAUGCUAAAAUGAUCGGGGAUGGUAGUGCAAACAGCAUUAAAACUAUUAAAGAAUCUGCGAAAAAAGUUGGUGGGAAAGAACCGAAAAAAUCGAAUCUUGGAAGGAGCAAAUCUGAUACACCAUCGAGAAGCAAGAUAUCGAGUGGCGGAAGCACCACGAACAAAAGUAAAGCUGAAAAGGAAGAAGAGAAACGGAAGAAAAUGGAAGAACUAGUGAUACAGCGUCAAAAGCGAAUCGCCGAAAGAAGUGCUGGUAAGGGAACCGCCGUUGCUCCGGAAACUUCUAGAAGGUCUUCAAAAGAGAGAUCUGUUUCCACGAAAAACGACAAGGCUCUUAAACCUCAGCCCCAAAUUAUCGAGAACAAGAAAACACAAAAACCCGUUAUGAAGAAUUCCACCAUCGACCGCCUUGCAGCUUCUAGAACGACAACCAAACAAUCACCGAACGAGUCAAAAGUUGGUCAAACCAAAAAAUUACCAACUUCAAAGAUGGCAACUUCUGCUUCGAAGAAAACAAAGGUGAAGACUCCCGACAGUAAACCUAGUACAAAUGGUCCGAAGACAACCUUAAUUUCAUCAGACAAAUCUGCGAAAGGCGAUGAAGAUUUUGGGAUUGUUAAGGUGUUACAAACCGUAACUUCAGUCGAGAAACGAGAAGCAAAUGUUAUUCUGGAUAAAGAAUUGGGUUCGUCGAAAGAUAUAUCCAUGCAAAUGGAGAAUAUUAAAGGUAAUAGUGAGGAUCGCGUUGAACUUUCUAUACCAGGAAACGAGAAGAAGAAGAUUUCGUUUUCGCCCGAAAUUUAUGUUGUGGGACCCACCUCGACCCCGCCUCCAAACGAAGAAACUAACGAUCAAGAAACGAUUCAUUCGAGAAAGAAGUGGAACAACGGUGAAAGCUCUCCGAAAGUGCCUAAGGGCUUUCGGAGACUUCUUUUGUUCGGCCGUCGGAACUAAGUUUCGUGCAUGUUUUGUGUUGUAAGAGAGAAUUGUGUUUUUUGUGUGUGAUGUUGUCUCAAAUGAUUUUUUGGUUGUUAAUUAUGUACAUUUUGCCUCCA